AUGGCUAUCCACCCAAAACCAUACCAUUCUCUUCCUAUUGGAUUUGUACUUCAGGGGUCCACGCGAAAGCAGAAGGGACAGGGGGAGUGGGACAGAGGCCUACGAGAGAAAGCUCAUUUCGAAGAACUCACUUCCUCAAGGGAUAACGAUGGCUGGUUAAGAGUAAAUCAUUGA